GUCAAUUGCCAUCAUGAGUCAACAGGGUUAUGUUGCAACUACUCCAUAUUCCCAGUCUCAGCCAGUAAUAGGAGGCUUUUCUACAGGUUUUGGACCAUCUACUUCUUCACUUCUUUAUGGGCAUUAUGGGGACCCUAAUUCCUCAUACACAGCAUCUCAAGCAGGUAUGUCAAAAUCAACUGUGCCUUUUGGAUCUCCAGCCCCCGUUGGACCCCCACCACCUGCUGCACAUCAGUUCAGCCAGACCAGUCUCCAAAACGGGCCCAGUGCACCCGGGCAACAGCCACAUAGGUUUCAAGGCCCUCCACCUCCAAACCAUGCAGGAUCUUCUUAUCCUCCCUACAGUCAUCAGUCACAACCAGCCUAUCCAAAUACUGCAUCCACUUCGUCCACAACACAACUUGCAAACCAGCUCAACACUAUGCAGAUAAAUAGCUAUGGUCCUACUGCUCCUCAGAGCUCUCACAUGUCUUCUGGGCACCCAGCACCUUCUCAAGGUCAACAGCUGCCGCUGCCACCACCACUGACCCAGCAGCAAAUGGCUUUGCCACCUGGAUCACAGGUUCCUCCACCAGCAAAUAAUGUAAAUGGCAUUUGUGCUCAACCAUCAUUGCCUCCAAUGGCCAGACAAGAUGGGAUCCCUGGAUCUGGCCCCCCAAAUGCUAACUUGCAGCAGCUUCCUGGACAGCCCCCAGGGCCUGGAUAUCAUCCUCAGCAAGCAAAUUACGGCCCUCAGAUGGCAGGAGCUCAGCUGUCUUAUCCUGGUGCCUUCCCUGGGAGUCCAGCACAGCUCAUGGGUCCCCAGCAGAAGAAGCUUGAUCCUGACUCUAUUCCAAGCCCCAUUCAAGUAAUUGAAAAUGAUAAGGCUUCUAGGGGAGGACAGAUCUAUGCUACAAACACAAGAGGACAGGUUCCUCCUCUUGUCACCACAGACUGCGUCAUCCAAGAUCAAGGCCAUGCGAGCCCCCGGUAUAUCCGAUGUACAACAUACUGCUUCCCUGGUUCUUCAGAUAUGGCCAAACAGGCUCGCAUCCCCCUGGCAGCUGUCAUCAAGCCAUUUGCUAUAGUACCAACAAAUGAGACACCUCUAUAUCUUGUAAACCACGGGGAGACUGGACCGAUCCGAUGCAACAGGUGCAAAGCUUAUAUGUGUCCCUUCAUGCAGUUCAUUGAAGGUGGAAGAAGAUACCAGUGUGGAUUUUGCAAUUGUGUAAAUGAUGUCCCUCCAUUCUUCUUUCAACAUCUGGACCACAUUGGCCAACGGGUGGACCACUAUGAAAGGCCUGAGUUAUCUCUAGGAUCUUAUGAAUAUGUUGCUACCUUGGAUUAUUGCCGGAACAACAAGCCUCCGAAACCACCUGCUUAUAUCUUCAUGAUUGAUGUUUCAUAUAGAAACAUAAACAGUGGCCUUGUUAAGCUUAUAUGUGAUGAGCUGAAGACUCUGCUAGAUAAACUUCCAAGGGAAGAGCAAGAAGAAUCCUCAGCAAUUCGAGUUGGUUUUGUCACUUACAACAAGGUCCUUCACUUCUUUAAUGUAAAGAGCAACUUAGCCCAGCCUCAGAUGAUGGUUGUCUCAGAUGUUGGAGAAGUUUUUGUUCCUUUGCUGGAUGGUUUCCUUGUCAACUUUCAGGAAUCACGAUCUGUCAUUAACAACUUGUUGGACCAGAUUCCAGAGAUGUUUGCAGACACUAACGAGAGCGAGACCAUCUUUGCUCCCGUCAUCCAGGCCGGCAUGGAGGCGCUAAAGGCUGCAGAAUGUGCUGGAAAAUUGUUUAUCUUCCAUUCUUCAUUGCCAACUGCAGAAGCACCGGGGAAGCUGAGAAACAGAGAUGACAAAAAGCUACUCAAUACAGAUAAAGAAAAGACACUCUUCCAGCCCCAGGUAAAUACUUAUGAGACCUUAGCCAGAGACUGUGUGGCUAAUGGCUGCUGCGUGGAUUUGUUCCUCUUCCCAAAUCAGUACGUGGACAUAGCUUCCAUGGGUCUUGUCACGAUGUGCACCGGGGGAACGCUCUACAGGUACAACAACUUCCAGCUCAGUUCUGAUAGUCCGCAGUUCCUGAGUGACCUCAGGAGAGACAUAGAAAAAAAACCCGGAUUUGAUGCAAUAAUGAGGGUCCGGACAAGUACAGGGUUUAGGGCUACUGACUUCUUUGGUGACAUUUAUAUGAACAACACCACAGAUGUAGAAAUGGCUGCAGUUGACUGUGACAAGGCCGUGACAGUGGAGUUCAAGCACGAUGACAAACUGAAUGAAGAUACAGGAGCCUUAAUUCAGUGUGCUGUCCUUUACACUUCAAUAAGCGGGCAAAGAAGACUUCGCAUACACAAUAUAGGUUUAAACUGUAGCUUCCAGUUAGCUGAUGUCUACAAGACUUGUGAGACCGAUGCACUUAUCAACUUCUUUGCUAAGUCAGCGUUCAGAGCCGUGCUGAGCCAGCCGCUGAAGACCGUGAGGGAGCUGCUGGUGGGCCAGGCGGCCCACGUGCUGGCCAGCUACCGCAAGCACUGCGCCAGCCCCGCCGCCCCCAGCCAGCUCAUCCUUCCCGACUCCAUGAAGGUGCUGCCUGUCUACCUGAACUGCCUGUUGAAGAGCUGUGUUCUCCUGGGCAGGCCCGAAAUCCCAACGGAUGAGAGAGCCUUCCAGCGGCAGCUGCUCAUGGCCAUGGGGGUAGCUGACACACAGCUCUUCUUCUACCCCCAGCUCUUGCCCCUUCACAGCCUGGACCUGAAGAGCGACACGGUGCCAGCCCCGCUGCGCUGCUCUGAGGAGCGACUCUCUGAGGGAGGCGCCUUCUUCCUGGCCAACGGUCUCAACAUGUUCCUGUGGCUGGGGGUCAGCGUGGCCCCCGAGCUCAUCCAAGGGCUCUUCAAUGUGCCCUCCUUCGCACACAUCAGCACAGAGGCCACACGGCUGCCUGACCUGGACAAUCCCUAUUCAAAGAAACUGAGGUCAAUAAUGGAGCAUAUGCAGAGCCAAAAGCCCUACACCAUGAAGCUGAUGAUAGUGAAACAACGGGAGCAGCCAGAGAUGCUUUUCCGACAGUUCCUAGUAGAAGACAAGAAUAUUUAUGGAGGAGCUUCUUAUGUGGAUUUCCUGUGCUGUGUCCACAGAGAGAUCUGCCAGUUGCUCAAUUAA